CGAUACAUCCCAGACAGCAAGUAUUUUUAGCUUGACCUGGUGUAGGUUGUAGUUAGUCACAAACUAGUGUAUGUAGAAUACAUACACGUAAGGUGCCGAAAAAAAGUGCUUAUCAACUGAGGUGUAACCCACGCCAACAACAGAAACGAAAAAAGGUGUAAACGCGGUCGUGUAUACUCUCCCAUAGUAUAGGUACGCAUAUAUAUAUAUAUAUGCUUGCUGUUGUAGGUAGAUCGUUUGUACGCCGCCUGUGUACUUUACAAAGUAUAUCCAAGACUAUUCUAUCCAAGUUCUCAUCUUCUUCAUUGAAAUCGAGACUUCACACAACGCAGACAAAGUCUCCUAUCAACACACACAUCCGGUCUAUACAUCACGGAAAUACACGCACAAGCAUUAUGCCGGGCUACAGUCAAGCAAGGGUUUAUGCUGAUGCUAACGUCAACCGCCCUGAAGAAUACUGGAACUACGAGGAUGUCUCCAUUGAUUGGGGAACACCAGAAAAAUACGAAAUUGUGCGCAAAAUAGGAAGGGGAAAGUAUUCCGAAGUGUUUCAAGGUGUUAAUGUUGCUGAUAACGAUUCUCUGUGCGUCAUAAAGAUCCUUAAGCCGGUAAAGAAGAAAAAGAUCACACGAGAAGUUCUGAUCUUACGGAACUUGAUGGGCGGCAAGAAUAUAAUCAAUCUGCUAGACACAGUGAAAGAUCCCCAGUCGGGAACACCGUCGUUGGUAUUCGAAUACAUCAACAAUGUUGAUUUCAAGGUACUCUACCCCACUUUCACGGACUUCGACAACCGAUACUACAUCUUCGAGUUACUCAAGGCAUUGGACUACUGCCACUCAAUGGGAAUCAUGCACAGAGAUGUCAAGCCACACAACAUCAUGAUUGAUCAUGAAAAGAAAAUGUUGCGCCUGAUCGAUUGGGGUCUGGCAGAGUUUUACCAUCCACAUAAAGAAUACAACGUGCGCGUCGCGUCAAGGUACUACAAGGGUCCGGAACUGCUUGUGGAUCUGCAAGAAUACGACUACUCGCUUGACAUGUGGAGUUUGGGCUGUAUGUUUGCUGGAAUGAUUUUCAAGAAGGAUCCAUUCUUCCACGGCCACGAUAACUACGAUCAGUUGGUAAAAAUUGCCAGGGUGCUUGGCACGGAAGACCUAUACGCCUAUCUAGAUAAAUAUAACCUGGAGCUGGACAGUUAUUUCGACUGCAUAUUGCAAAAACACUCGAAGAAAGACUGGUGGCGAUUCACGAAUGCGGAAAACCAGCAUUUCACAUCACCGGAAGCGUUAGAUUUUCUCAACGGUCUACUCAGAUACGAUCACAUGGAACGAUUUACCGCAAAGGAAGCCAUGAACCACCCGCUGUUCGACGUUGUCAAAGCGGCGGCAAAAAAGAGUUGAUUAGAGGUAGGAGUCGAUUAGCAUCUUAGGGGCCCUCCCUCGUUAUACAUAGUCGUACACGUGUGAUACAGACCGCCCACUCACUUGCUUUGCUUGAUUAUGGGUAUUCAGAUAUGACCCUCCCGGCGUACGUUGGAGUGUUGGUUAUGUACUAUGUUAUGUACGGCACAAGAUAAAUAAACAACUGCCUCCCUCCACUUGUUAUCGUACAUUCGGUGUUCAGUAAUGUGUGUGAGAAGGAUGACCCCGA